AUGCAAUACCCACAACUCUGUCGCCUCCACCACGAGGAUGCACUAUGCCUUUUUGGCAAGCCCAGCAAGCGACAAAGGUAUAGACCCCUCUCGACAGAGGGGGGGACAGAGGAACCACCCAAAGACACUCUCGGCGGCUUCGUAGGCGGCAGCGACACCAUCUCCAACCGGGACCUGGACGUGACGGAUGAGGGCGAGUGCGGUCAUGGGGCGCACAGGCAAGGUACCGGUGAUGACGCGGCGAUGGCUGCAUGGGAGGCACACCGCCGGCAACUGCAGGAGUCUCAUGAUAGGCGGCGGAGGGCCCUAGGAAAUCCUUCGGUACGCCCAGCCCUCACAGCUCCGCGCGGGCCUCGCCUGGCCCAAAGGCAGGAACAGAGACGGAGAGCCCGGGCGGAAGGGCAGCAGUGGAGUCCAGCGGGGACACAGCCAUCGAGGCAGGAGGGGGGGCAGCAGAACUGGCUGUUGGGGGAGGCCCGGAAGCCACAGGCAAGGGAGCAGCAGAUGCGGCCGGCGGGAGGGGAGCAGGAGCUGCCGGCGAGAGGGGAGCAGGAGCUGCCAGCGAGAGGGGAGCUGGAGCUGCCGGCGAGAGGGCAGCAAGAGCCGCAGGCAAGAGGGCGGCAGGCGCGGUCGGCAGGCGAGCAGCAGGUACUGCCGAAGGGAGAGCAGCAGGAGCGGCUGGCGGGAGGGCAGCUGGAGCUGCCGGCGGGGGGGGAGCAGGAGCUGCAGGCAGGAGGGAAGCGGGAGGUGCCAGCGGGAGGGCAGCAGGAGGUGCCAACGGGAGGGCAGCAGGAGGUGCCAGCGGGAGGGCAGCAGGAGGCACCAAUGAGAGGGCAGCAGGAGGUGCCGGCGAGAGGGCAGCAGGAGGUGCCGGCGAGAGGGCAGUUGGAGGUGCCGGCGAGAGGGCAGUUGGAGGUGCCGGCGAGAGGGCAGCAGGAGCUGCCGGCUGGGGGGCAGCAAGUGGUAGAAGUGGAGAUGGCCGAGCUACAGCUAGAGGUGCAGCAGGACCAAUCGGGGAACCGUGCCCGGCCACACGCAGGAGGGCAGCAGGAGCCGCCCGGGGUAGAGCAGCGUGAGCUGCCAAGGGAAGAGCAGCAGGAGUUGCUGGCAAGGGAGCAGCAAGCGGUAGAAGUGGAGAUGGCCGAGCUACAGCCAGAGGCACAGCAGGACCAAUCGGGAAACCAGGCCUGGCCACUGGCAGGAGGGCAGCAGGGGCCGUCCGGGGGAGAGCAGCUGGAGCUGCCAAGGGAAGAGCGGCAGAAGCCGCCGGGGGUGGGGCAGCUGCCGGCAAGGGAGCAGCAAGCGGUGGAUGUGGAGAUGGCCGAGCUAAUGCCAGAGGUGCAGCAGGACCAAUCAGGGAGCCAAGUCCGGCUGCAGGCAGGAGAGCAGCAGGAGCUGCCAGGGGAGGAGCGGCAGGAGCUGCCAACAGGAGGGCAGCUCGAGCUGUCGGGGGGAGGGCAGCAGGAGCUGUCGGAGGGGGAGCGGCGGGAGCUGCCGGCGCGGGGGCAGCUGGAGGUCGCUAGUGCGGACUCUACAAGCCAAGCGAAGAGAACCCGGGCACGGGGCCGAGGCGGGAGACGACACGCCCGUAAGACGCAAGGGCGAACUGGAAGCGGAGCUGCCGCACAGCAGGCGGAGGGGCAGCCGGGGGCGACUGAGACACCCCCGGGAGCUCCGCGGGUGGGGGGGCAGCCCUGGGUGCCCGGGGCGCCCCAAGGAGAGCAGCAGCCAGGGGAGCUGCCGGGGGUGACCGGAGCACCCCAGGGAGAGCAACAGGCAGGGGGGCAGCCGAGGGUGCCCGGAGCACCAAAGGGAGUGCAGCAGGCAGGGGGGCAGCCGGGGGUGCCCGGGGCACCCCAGGGAGUGCAGCAGGCAGGAGGGCAGCCGAGGGUGCCCGGGGCACCCCAGGGAGUGCAGCAGGCAGGGGGGCAACCGGGGGUGCCCGGGGCACCCCAGGGGGUGCAGCAGGCAGAAGGGCAGCCGAAGGUGUCCGGGGCACCCCAGGGAGUGCAGCAGGCAGGAGGGCAGCCGGGGGUGCCCGGGGCACCCCAGGGAGUGCAGCAGGCAGGGGGGCAGCCGGGGGUGCCCGGGGCACCCCAGGGAGUGCAGCAGACAGGGGGGCAGCCGGGGGUGCCCGGGGCACCCCAGAGAGUGCAGCAGGCAGGAGGGCAGCCGAGGGUGCCCGGGGCACCCCAGGGAGUGCAGCAGGCAGGGGGGCAACCGGGGGUGCCCGGGGCACCCCAGGGGGUGCAGCAGGCAGGAGGGCAGCCGAGGGUGCUCGGGGCACCCAAGGGAGUGCAGCAGGCAGGGGGUCAGCCGGGGGUGCCCGGGGCACCCCAGGGGGUGCAGCAGGCAGGGGGGCAGCCGGGGGUGCCCGGGGCACCCCAGGGAGUGCAGCAGGCAGGGGGGCAACCGGGGGUGCCCGGGGCACCCCGGGGGGUGCAGCAGGCAGGAGGGCAGCCGAGGGUGCCCGGGGCACCCCAGGGAGUGCAGCAGGCAGGGGGUCAGUCGGGGAUGCCCGGAGCACCCCAGGGAGUGCAGCAGGCAGGGGGGCAACCAGGGGUGCCCGGGGCACCCCAGGGAGUGCAGCAGGCAGGGGGUCAGCCGGGGGUGCCCGGAGCACCCCAGGGAGUGCAGCAGGCAGGAGGGCAGCAGGGGGUGCCCGGGGCACCCCAGGGAGUGCAGGAGGCAGGGGCGCAACCGGGGGUGCCCGGGGAACCCCAGGGAGUUCAGCAGGCAGGGGGUCAGCCGGGGGUGCCCGGGGCGCCCCAGGGAGUGCAGCAGGCAGGUGGGGAGCCGGGGGUGCCCAGGGUACCCCAGGGAGUGCAGCAGGCAGGAGGGCAGCAGGGGGUGCCCGGAGCACCCCAGGGAGUGCAGCAGGCAGGAGGGCAGCCGAGGGUGCCCGGGGCGCCCCGGGGAGUGCGGCAGGCAGGUGGGCAACCGGGGGUGCCCGGGGCACCUCAGGGAGUGCAGCAGGCAGGAGGGCAGCCGGGGGGGCCCGGGGCACCCCAGGGAGUGCAGCAGGCAGGGGGGCAACCGGGGGUGCCCGGGGCACCCCAGGGAGUGCAGCAGGCAGGGGGUCAGCCGGGGGUGCCCGGAGCACCCCAGGGAGUGCAGCAGGCAGGAGGGCAGCCGAGGGUGCCCGGGGCACCCCAGGGAGUGCAGCAGGGAGAGCAGCAGCUAGGGGGGCAGCCGGGGGUGACCCGAGCACCCCACGGCGAGCAGCAGGUAGGGGAGCAGCCGGGGGUGACCGGAGCACCCCAGGGAGUGCAGCAGGCAGGAGGGCAGUCGAUGGUGCCUGGGGAACCCCAGGGAGUGCAGCAAGGAGGAGGGCAGGGAGUGCAGCAGGCAGGAGGGCAGCUGAGGGUGCUCGAAGCACCCCAGGGGAAGCAGCAGGUAGGGGGGCAGCCGGGGGUGACUGGGGCACCCCAGGGAGUGCAGCAGGCAGGAGGGCAGCCGAGGGUGCCCUGGGCACCCCAAGGAGCACAGCAAUCAGGGGGGCGAUCGAUGGACGACCAGGAGCAACAGCUGGAGGAGUGGUGUCGAAUUUUGGAGCUGGAUACCCCCAUGGCGACUGUGGAGGAGUCAGAGGCGGACGAAGCACCUCCCAUGCCGCCUUCCCCAUGCCCCCGCUUUCCGUGCGACAUGUGUUUCCACACUUUCGCUACGCGGGGGGCCGCCGCGAACCACAUGAGGGUAUGCCGAGCGGCGGAGGCGGAGAGGCGUGCACAGGCUCUCGGCUCGAUUCCGUCUCUGGUGGAGACCGACACGCAGGAGCGAUCGACGCCGCGGGAAUUUGGGGAGGAGGCAUGGGCUGGGGUUACGUCAUGGGAAUGGGAAACAUUUUUCAGCGUGGAGGCGGUUGGAGGGAGGACAGUGCGCCGGAUCCCACAGCGGGCCAGGUCGGGGGUUUUAAACGCGCUCUGUUGCAUCCUUAAGUGCUUGAAGAGCCAGCCGGGAGAUGAAGCCGCUACCCUCCUACUCUUGGCGUUUCCGUGCCUCAUCCUAGCCAUGCCUCCCAAGCCAGGCAUAGGUCAGAAGGCGCUUAUCACAGAGCGGUUGGGUGCGUUCUGGGAGGGGAGGUGGCGGGAGCUGUUCGAUUCUGCCAUGGUGGCGGCGCGGCCAGCAGUUCGCCCACUUUCCUACACUUGCUCUGACCAGGACCCGGAUACCAUCCGCCUGUCACGGUGCCGAUCUCGGUGCAAAGUGGGGGAGUGGAGCCGUGGAUUGGCCUGCCUUACAGCAGGGGAGUUGGCUCGACCGUCGGAGGUCAUGGUGCAGUCGCUGCGAGAGAAGCACCCGGCUAGCGCUGGCGAGGUACCACAGUGGGUCCGCGAUUUCACCAUCGAUACUGCUCAGCGGCCUUCACUCACGACCGACAUCCUGGCCAGAGCUAUCCAUACAGCCGCUCGAGCUUCAGCAGCAGGGCCAUCGGGGUGGGUCACAGAGCAUCUGCGCGACACCUUCCUCACUGAACCUUCCUGCGUUUCCCACUUAUUGGAAGUGUUCAACCAAUGGGUGGCAGGACAGGUCCCCGAGCGGGCUCAGCCGUGGCUCGCCGCAUCCAACCUAGUCGGGCUUUCCAAGCCUAACGGCGACGUCCGGCCGGUGGCGAUCGGGGAGGUGCUUCCUCGUAUCCUUGCUCGAGCUCUCUGCAUCUCGCUCCGCCCUGCAAUGGUUUCCUACUUCCUGCCGUGCAACCAGCUGGGAGCGGGCACCAAGCAACAUGUGAUGGAGCCGGAUACUAGGGAGUUCAAGGACCUGCUUUUCCUCAGCUAUGCAGACGAUACCUAUAUUUUGGGGCCAGCAGCUAGGAUUUUGGAGGCUUUUGGGGUGCUUCGGGAGCGGUUGGAGUGGGUGGGGCUGGAGGUGCAGGCGCACAAGUGCCGGUUUUGGGAGCGCGAGGGCAAGGAGGUGGAGCGGGCACUGCCAUUGGGGAUGCAGCGGGUGGAUGAGGGUCUUACUGUGGUGGGCGUGCCUAUUGGAGAGGAGGUUUGGGAGGUGGUCCGGCUACGGGAGCGGCUUCGACAGUUGCAGGCGCCACUGCCAUGGCUCCCCUUGCUCGACCACCCCCAGAUGGCUUCACACCUCCUCGCCAUUGCACUUUCAGCGCGGCCGAUGUACCUCGCCCGGACUAUGCCGCCGCGUCCGGAGGUAGUUGAGGCUUUUAGGGAUUGGGACAGCUGUUUAGAGGAUUGCUUUGAGCAGCUUUUUCCACCUGGCACUUGGGAGCAGGACCCCGACCGGUCUAGGCGCGCACGCAUACAGCUGCAUCUCCCUGUGCGUCUCGGAGGGUUCGGGAUCCGGGCGGCGGCCUCUUUGAGCCCACUGUCCUAUGUUUGUGGGUGGGCGCAGGCCGCGCGUGACAUUGCACAGUUAGGGGUGGCGGGUGAGGAGGCGAUGUUUGCAGAGUACCUCACCACUUCGACAGGGGCAGAGUUUCUUGACCCGUGGUUUGUCAAGGGUUUUGAGCAGCUGCCAGCGACUAUCCGCCACGAGAUACUGUCAGACUAA